UCUCUUGUGCGCCGUAUCUCUACUUGUUGGCGUUUAGGUUGCCUCUAACUGCUACUGCCAUCACAACGCAUCUUAGCAUCCGUCUACCGAUCACAGAAGAAUCAGUCAUCAUCACUCGCGCCCAUGCUGUUGAUUUCUUUCUUAAAUACCUCGCUCAUACACGCUCUGAGCAUACUUGGCAGUAAUCAAGAACCGCUGGUUGCACUUGCAGCAGGCUAUGGCGGCUGCCAGCGGGAGUCGAGAGGAGAGGUGGACCCUCGCCGGAGCGACGGCGCUGGUCACCGGCGGCAGCAAGGGGAUUGGGCACGCGAUCGUCGAAGAGCUGGCCGGGUUCGGCGCGCGGGUGCACACGUGCGCCCGGAACGCGGCGGAGCUGGAGGAGUGCCGCCGGCGGUGGGCGGAGAACGGGCUCGUCGUCACCGUCUCCGUCUGCGAUGUCUCAAUGCGUACUGACCGGGAAAUGCUCAUGGACACUGUCAAGAAGGUCUUCGAUGGCAAGCUCGACAUCCUGGUCAACAAUGCCGGGCAGCUGCUGCUCAAGGCGGCGGCGGAGUGCGCGGCGGAGGAGUACUCGCAUGUAAUGGCGACGAACUUGGAGUCGAGCUUCCAUCUCAGCCAGCUCUCAUAUCCUCUCCUCCUCAACGCCUCCCUCGCCGGAGGAGGAAGCGUCGUCAACAUCUCCUCCAUCGCAAGCUACGUAGGGGUCCCAGGGCUCGUGCUCUACUGCAUAUCCAAAGGAGGAAUGAACCAGCUUACAAGAAGCCUGGCUGUCGAGUGGGCGCAGGACAAGAUUCGUGUGAACUGUGUUGCCCCAGGCCUUGUCACAACUGAUAUACUCAAACAGGUGGAACCGGAGACUAUAGAGCAAGAGAUUUCACGGGGUCCCAUGGCCCGGAGUGGCGAGCCCAAGGAGGUUGCCUCCGUGGUGUCAUUCCUCUGUAUGCCGGCGGCUUCCUACAUCACCGGCCAAGACAUUCGCAUCGACGGCGGCCGGACCAUAAGUUGAGCUGCUAAGUACCAGUUACACAUAAAACUUCCAAGGGUGUAGAUGUAAUAACAUCAUCCUCCAUUAUUGGAGAUCCUGAUCUCCAGUGUAUCAUGUAGCCAUGCAUUCUUUGAAAACGAGUAAAAUACACCGGCUGUUCCUAAACUUGUACCAUGAUGUCAUCUAGGUUCAUAAACUCUUAAAAAAUAUUUUCAGGUCCAUGAACUUAUCUCAAGGUGUCAUCGGAGUCACUAAAGUCUCAAAGUGCAUAUUUAGACUCCUAAACUUGUCCUCGGGUUUCAUCCAGAUUCCUAAACUUUCAAAAUACAUUGUCAAAUCUUGAAACUUGUCAUCUGCCACUGAUAGCAAUGCUUCCUCCUCGCUCGUUGCCUUUGCAACCACCUUAUGCUAGUGAUCAUGCAUGUAUUACUUGGCGCUUGAUUGGGGAUCCUAAAAUGCACUUUGAGAGUUUAAGAUUCGGAUGACACCCUAAGACAAGUUGGAGGAGCUAAAAAUGUGUUUUGAGAGUUUAGGUUCUCGGAUGUCAUCUUGAGAUAAGUUCAUGGACCUGAAAAUGUAUUUUGAGAGUUUAGGGACAUAGAUGACACCUUAUGACAAGUUCAGGAACCGCUCAUGUAUUUUACUCUGCACAUGUAUUUUACUCUUUGAAGAACUUCCAUAUAAUUAAGACGGAAGUUGACGUCG